AUGCGGCUAAUAACGGGAACGGCUGAAGUACAUGAAUGUGAGUGUGAGUUAAUGUGUGCCAGAGAUGUGGUGUUGGCAGACAGGGCUGUGAUUUCGAGGGAGUGUCAUACGAGCAGCCAAUCUGCAUGGGUGGAAAUCCUAUGUAAAUGAAAAUGCUUUGAUUACUUUUGCAGAGUAGAGUUUCAGCAAAGUGGAGCACCUUUAAUGCACCUAUCUUGUUGGGUUAGGGGUUUGUUAAGUUAGGUGUUUGCACCAGUCCUUUUGGGUUAGGUGUUUGCACCAGUCCUUUUGGGUUAUGUGUUUGCACCUGUCCUUUUGGGUUAGGUGUUUUGAAGGCGAUGUCUUUGAAUGUGUUAGAGAACUAGAUCAUAGUAUCUGACCGUGCCUCUAUCUUUCUGUAUGUUUCUCCAGGAGUCCAGGCUAUGUUCUCCCAGCAACCCCAGGACCUGGUGGUGGUGGCCGGCCAGCCCGUCACCCUGCCCUGCUCCAUUCCUGGCUACCAUGGUGUUGUCCUGUGGAUCAAAGAUGGCCUGGCUCUAGGCGUUGGCAGAGACCUAUCAGGUAAGGAAAGAUAUUGAUCAAACCAUAGGUCACUCUUAAUCUCCUUCUGUCACGUGUCUGUUUCUGAUCCCUUUUCCAAUCUGUUACAAGCCAGUACUAUUACUUACACGCUGUCAUAUAUCUGUCAAUGUUGGAUUUCUCCCUUCACUGCUUUUCAUCUUUUGAAAGUUUAUGUCUUCUUUCUCAUCGCCAUAGAAAUGUUACUUUGCAGGUAGACAAACAUACAGUAUAAUCCUAUAACAAUGCAGCACUGUGCGUUAAAUGUGGUCUUAACUUCAUUGUAACCACAGCAAACAACCAUUUUCAUAUUUAGGCUAACAUUGAAGUGUUUUACCAUUUUCUGUUCAGGGCAACCAGGACUACAAGUAGAACAUGAAGGAACAUUUGACAUAAACAUUCAUGAGUUUUAUUGACAAAUGUCAAUAAACAAAUAAGGUGUGCCAAGCAAAACCCUGAUAAAACAUUUAUUAAUAAUAAUGGUGUAAGUACAGAAAUUGUUUGCUCAGUGGGAAAUUAAUAUCCAACUAGUAGAAAGAGACAACUGUGUGGAGUUUGAAGGUGACAGCAGCUAUGUGAGCUUACAGUAUUAUAGACAAUAUGUGCUGGGAUUUCCUAUGAUCUCUAUGUAGAAAAACCCCUCUAUGUAGAAGAACCCCUGAGCGUCAUAGAGAAAAACAGAUUACAUGUACGUGUUCGUGAGAGUCUCAGCAUAAUAGUUUGUAGCUCAAACCAUUCGAACUCUACAGACGUUUUUGUGAGAAGAACCGCUCCCGUACCCCUUUGGGAUCCGCCCUUGUCUCACAAACACCAGUCUAACCCCUGUUAAUCACACAUACUAAUGGUUGGUAUCAGUGGAUGCAGAAGACAUCUGUAGCUCUAACACAGUUUAAAAGGGGUCCAAAACGCAGUGACAGUGGGAUUCAAGAUUUAAUUACCACACUACAUGUUCCACCCCAAAUAUCUAGUGUCCAAUAAUAUAUACAGUGAAAUACCCCAGACAGUUGUAUUCACUUUAGCACUACCACAAAAAUGUACCCAAGGCCUCAUCAGUAUCUAAUAGAAAGAUAAACCUAAUUAAUUAACAGUUUGUGGUGGGCAAAGAAGCCCCAAAAUCAACACUGAAUGUGUAUCAAUGUAGCCAGGGGUCACAUUUCAAGUACUUUUAGCUAGUAAAUGGGCUUUUGAAGAGUAACUCACAAUCCAAAUUACAUUGUGCCUCUUGUAUUAUUACCUUAAUUGUUUAAUUUGGAGUACCACUUACUGCUGCACUGUCAUUUUAGUAGCCUGCAGUUUCUCCACUUGACGCUUGCGCCUUAUCCAUAUUCAUGAGACGCGAUGACUAUCUAUUCUUCCAAAUAAAUAUUUACAACCUUUUAACUUCCGACCUCUUGAGGGAGUAAAUCCAUAUAGCUUAGAAAAUCUGCAUUAUUUAUUAAAAUAUAUUUUAUCCCCCCGAUUGUCUUUAGAAAUGGGAUCCUUGGGAUUCACGACAUUCUACGGCCUUAUACAGGGAGUAAGGGAGAUGAGUCUGAAAAUAGCCAAGUUCCUUUCACACCUCCAUCACUAGAGAUCCUCCAUCACUGAGGGAUCUCUAGCCUGUCUCUCAGAGUAGUUACCAUUCAAGUCAUGGCAAAAUAAUCAUCUGGGGCCCUUUAAAAGCGGGGCCUCUUAUGAUCCGUGCGAUUAAAUAUGUAUUCCACUGGAGAUCUGGUGUCUCCUACCCUCUUACCUUCAGUGACUGCUCUAGUGUGCCUUUCUUGUCACCGAUAGAGCUCCUUAAUUAAACCUCAGUGGACGAUGCUGUCCCAAUAAAUCCGUCCCAUUCACCGGUCUGGCCCUUAUCAGGCCCCCGGGAGGCUGGGGAAGGCAGUAAACAAUGACCCAACAGUUUUGAAGUGGUCUGGAAGAGAGGGAGUAGAAGGAGAAGGACUUACGAUGACGAGGAGAGAGAGAGAGAGAUGGUGAGAGAGAGAGAGAGGGUGAGAGAGAGAGGGUGAGAGAGAGAGAGAGAGAGAGAGAGAGAGAGAGGGUGAGAGAGAGAGAGAGAGGGUGAGAGAAAGAGAGGGUGAGAGAGAGAGAGAGAGAGAGAGAGAGAGAGAGAGAGAGAGAGAGAGAGGGUGAGAGCGACUCUUAACGGCACAUCAGCAGCAGUUUAACGGUCAUGGGCGAGAGGCCGUGGACGGAGGCUGUGGACUGAUCAUGUCUCCACCACUGUGCACCCACACUCCACUCUGUAUGCUGAUCAAUGGCCGGGCCAGGACACUCAGAGAUGGGCAGAAUCUGAAUGCCACUCUUCAUUCAGCCUGUGUCGAUGAGAUACAUCGAAUUGAAGAAGGUUGUCAUGGACGAAAGAGAUCUUUAUUAAAAAGCAUGGACAGGGUCUUAGAGCAGUGUAUUAAGAUGAAUGUCACUUUUUGAAAUAAAGUGUACCACAGCUGCUCUUUUUAUCGUCUCUGCCUAUGUCAACAAGCAAUACAGUCAGCCAUAAAGAAUGAUGGCAUAUACACGGCUAUAUACACAAGGAAAGCAGCUGUAUACAUAAAAGUGUGAGGCGUCUAAUAUUGUGCAGCGCAUUUCAAUAUAGGAACCACUCUGCUAUUCAUUGAAGGAGCUGCGUUUGCAAUAGCUCGCUCCGCCUGGGCCUGUGUCAAUUCAGAGGAACAGUGAUUAAAAUGAGAAAAAUCUUUCACUAUUCAGUCUGAUAAAUCAGAGGACAAAAGAGGAUGAUUCCUAUCACUCCCUGAAUUUCUGCUCCUUCUCUUUGUAUAGCGCCUUCUAUUCUAAUUAAAGAGAGAGAUGUACCGGCGCAAAGCUGCACCAAAUGAAUGGCAUGAAUAUGCAUGAAUGGCAUGAAUAUAUCUCAAAGCAGUCCAUGGAGAGUGCCCACUGGUGUAUGCUUUUUUGGAGGGCACAAAUGGAAUGAUUGAAAACCUAAGUGUUAGAAUGUUCCAGAUAGUGUUCUUAACAUUCUAGACAGAGGUGAAGAGUAUUUGGAAGCUAUCUGACACGUGUGCUCCUCUGGCUUGUCCCCGACAGCAAAUUAAUUGGUCAUCCAUUUCCCAACCCCAACUACCCUAUUUCAAUCCCUGGAGGUGUCAGUGUGAGACGUGUCCUUCCUGAAUAGCGUAAAUCACUAUGCCCCUGCCUCUAUUCAUCGUCCCUUCCCCUGCCAUUGAUCCACUACAAAGACAAAUCCAUUUCUGUCCUGAUGGAUUCAUUACCCUUAAUGGGGCUAUUUUACAUUGUUUGCUUUAGUUAACACACGUUGUCUUUGAAAUUCAUUGAGAUCAACGUGAGUUAUAUUUAUACAACAGUGACAUCCCUGAAAUUUCCUCCCAAACAAUGAAGCAGGGUUUUUGCAUGCUCUACACUCUACAUAAGAAUGCCAUUGUGUGUGUGAUCUGUUUGACAUAAACGUAACCCAGUUAUGUCACAGGACAAAGUCGUCACUAAAUCCACCAAUGUCUAUUUAAAAGGCAUUUAGAUGCCAUUAAACUGGAUAUACGCUAAGGUAUGUUUUUCAUUUACUCUCAGCAAGCUUUUUUGUAUUACAACAGCACAUCUUAUUAUGUUCAAUCUGCUAGAGGGCAAGAGGAGUGAAUUCACUGGGUCAUUUGUUUAUGUACAUGAACAGUGGGAUUCUGUUGUACAGUACAACACAAUAUGCCUACAGUACAUAAACUAUAUAUACAAAAGUAUGUGGACAUCCCUUCAAAUUAAUGUAUUUGGCUAUUUCAGCCACAGCCAUUGCUGACAGGUGUAUAAAAUCGAGCACAAAGCCAUGCAAUCUCUAUUGACAAACAUUGGCAGUAGAUUGGCCUUACUGAAGAGCUCAGUGACUUUCAACGUGGCACCGUUCCAGCAAGUCAGUUCGUAAAAUUUCUGCCCUGCUAGAGCUGCCCCGGUCGACUGUAAGUGCUGUUAUUGUGAAGUGGAAUCUUCUAGGAUCAACAACGGCUCAACAGCAAAGUGGUAGGCCACACAAGCUCACAGAACGGGUCCGCCGAGUGCUGAAAAUAAUCUGUCCUCGGUUGCAACACUCACUACCGAGGUCCAAACUGCCUCUGGAAGCAAUGUCAGCACAAUAACUGUUCCUCGGGAGCUUCAUGAAAUGGGUUUCCAUGGCUGAGCAGCCGCACACAAGCCUAAGAUCACCAUGCGCAAUGCCAAGAGGCUGGAGUGGUGCAAAGCUCGCAGCCAUUGGACUCUGGUGUAGUGGAAACGUGUUCUCUAGGGUGAUAAAUCAUGCUUCACCAUCUGGCAGUCUGACAGAUGAAUCUGGGUUUACACUACCUGCCCCAAUGCAUAUUGCCAACUGUAAAGUUUGGUGGAGGAGGAAUAAUGGUCCGGGGCUGUUUCCAUGGUUCGGGAUAGGCCCCUUAGUUCCAAUGAAGAGAAAUAUUAACGGUACAGCAUACAAUGACAUUCUAGACGAUUCAGUGCUUCCAACUUUGUGGCAACAGUUUGGGGAAGGCCCUUUCUUGUUUCAGCAUGACAAUCCCCCUGUGCACAAAGCAAGGGCCAUACAGAAAUGGUUUAUCGAGAUUGGUGUGGAAGAACUUGACUGGCCUGCACAGAGCCCUGACCUCAACCCCAUGGAGCACCUUUGGGAUUAAUUGGAAUGCCGACUGCAAGCCAGACUUAAUCACCAAACAUCAGUGCCCGACCUCACUAAUGCUCUUGUGGCUGAAUGGAAGCAAGUUCCCACAGCAAUGUUCCAACAUCUUGUGGAAAGCCUUCCCAGAAGAGUGGAGGCUGUUAUAGCAGCAAGAGGGGACCAACUCCAUAUUAAUGAUUUUAGAAUGAUAUGUUUGACGAGCAGGUGUCCACAUACUUUUGGUCAUGUAGUGUAUUUAGUACAGUAAGCUCCUCCACUGGAUAUAUGGCGGAUGGGGUCACUUCAAGGUCAUACCAUUUACUUGUUGUGGAGAAAUAAAAUCUAAUUUCUCCUGAGCUUACACAGGGUCACACCAGUGCAAUGUGCAGGUUCUCGUAAUUGAACACAACAUGGAAGGAUCUUCAUUCAAAGCAUAUAUUCCAGGAAUGGAGUCUCAUUCAACUUCAGAGAAAGACGUCUGUCAAGCUGUCCUUUAUAGCAAAUAAAUAGUUCAACGAAGCCAUUGACUCACUGGCUGCAUAAUCAACAACAGCAUGGAACUCAAGAUCAAUGGUCAUUAAUGUUAUUAAGCGAGUGAUGCCCAGUUUGAUCAACACUAUAUUAUAUUAGAGUGAUGUGUAACCUUUUUGACCUUCUUCUGGCCCUGUAUGGAAGCUUUUGUGUCAAUGUGAAUAAUAAGACCCAUAACUGCCAGCGGUAUGUGGGCAGACGAGAGCGCUCUCUAUCUGAGGAUCUGGCUUUCCUAUAAACAGAGGAACCACUCAGAGCUCACAUAGCCUACCCACUCCUCUCUGUUUGUUUGGUACCUUAUUGUAUUCUGGUCUUUUUAUGUUUUCCUAUGUUUUAUGUUUAUGCUAUAUACUCUUCCGUCCUGCAUGAGCAUGCUUCAGUUCGGCUGGCGCCUAGCCGAACUCGACUAACCAAAUGAGUGUGCUCGCAUACUCCCUUAAAAUACUUUCACUUGAAAAAUGCAGCAAUAGUACUGUUUGUCCAUUUUAAGAUGCCAUAGUCAGUAUACACUUCCUCAAAAUAGUCAGAAUAAAUCUAAGCAAAUUCAAUUUUACAUCGGACUAAGAUAUCUCCUAGUCUAUUAGUCCUAAUCUAUUAUACUCAUUUUGGGUGGCAUGUGCUAAAACAUACCUCUUUAAAUCCCCAGUGUUUAAUACUAAGUCACUGGAAAAUCUUUGAAGAGAACAUGACUCAUUGAUGGAUGCAACGGAAUCGAUUUUUCAUCCAGAUAUUUAUUGGCAGUGAUCCAACAGCGGGGUUGGCAGAGAUUGAGAGUGGAAUACCAUCUGAUUUAUAAGUUCAGUGUGACUAACCGCAUCAUUGGAUAAAAUGUUUAACUGUUGGCCUGGUUAUGCUUAAACUCUCCACUCUAUCGGGUUCUGUCAUCAGUGAAUUUCAGGAGAACCUUAGGAGGAGAAAGCAAUCACUGCCAAGAAACACUGAACAUUUUGGAGAAUUUCACAAGCAGAGAUUCUUGUUUAAUACACAUUUCUCCAAUAAUUAGACAGAGGUCAGCCUUUAGAGAGCUGUUCAAGUUAUUCAUAUUGAUAGCUUGUGCAGUUUUCCAUAAAGAUCCACAAUCAAACAUAUCCCUUUCUGACUUAUUUUUUACCAAUGGGGAAAUGCACUCCUCAACACACUCUCAAUGCAAAUUUCAAUAAGUGAAGUGUUUUAGAGCUAUCCCAUUGGGCACACACUGGUUGAAUCAACAUUGUUUCCACGUCGUUUCAAUGAAAUUACAUUGAACCAACGUGGAACAGAUGAUGAAUUGAUGUCUGUGCCCAGUGGGAUCCAACUUUACUCUGCGGUGUAAAAUGGUCAGGACUCCUGGACAUACCUCUUCCUGCAUUAUUAAAUUCCAAAUCUCACACCACUGUGCUGCUGAAACACAUCUCAAUCUCUAGCCAUGCCUCUUCACCAUUGCAAUAAAAUAUACUCACUCUCCAGAAUACAGAAACCUCUUCAACCCCUUUCAUUAAUCUCAUAUGCCAAUGUUUUCAUCCAAUGUUAAAAUGUCUAUUUCAACAUGUAGUGUUUUUUUACCCUUGUAAUAAGAAAAUCUGGUUUCACAUUGGUGACACUAAUAAUUCUAAGACAGGUAUACUGUAUUAAAGUGACCUGCUACCCAAUCUCAUCUCAUUUGAAAAAUAAUAGCCCAUCUCAAAUGAGCAUUAGCGGUGCGUGGGUAAAAUCACUGGGUAAACCAAGACAGAAAAAAUAAGCCAUAUUACAACUAUGUGUUGUGAUAAUUGCGUUGUAUGCUCUAUAACCUGUUAGUUCAUAUGCCUUGCCACUGUGAUAUAUAGGCCUAAGGCCAAGACAAUGAGAAGACACAGUGGCAGAAUAAAUUCAACCACACUUUGUUUCAUCACAAAACCAGAGAGCAACAUCUGUCUGGUGAAGUCCACAAAGCAUAUUGCUUGUAGCAAACAGUUACAUGACCUAUAGCAUGGUCAAGCAAGUUAAUGUUUCCAACAUAUUCGUACUACUAAACAACUAUUGGUUUAGAACCACGGUAAGUUACCGCAAGUUGCAAAGAAAACAGGAGCUGCGUCCACUACUCCAGCACCAUUUCAACAUCAUCAAAUCACCUCUGCUUAGUCUAAUACAGUGACAACUAAAAGAUAGCAAAAACAAUUUAGUCCAAUCAACUUAAGCUAAAUAUGAUGUGAAUGUUCAUGGUUCUGAUUUCUGUGUGUGUGUGUGUGUGUGUGUUUGUGUGUGUGUGUGUGUGUGUGUGUGUGUGUGUGUGUGUGUGUGUGCGUGCGUGCACGUGCGCAUGCGUGUUCGUGCAAGUAGAAAAAGAUGUUGACUCACCCUACUUGUAGAGAAACGCCAAUGCCAUCCUCCUCUCUUUCAUGUUGACGAAACGGUCUAUGACUCUGUCAUAGAGCAAUACAGUACAUGCUUUUAUUUUUUGUUUUCCUACGCUACCUGGCUAAAAUGCUUGCUCGCUAGCCUAACUUCUAUUCAUGAGCAAUGAUGAGCUAGCUAGUUAACAUGAAUUAGCCUUCUACAUCUAGCUACAUAUUGAAUUAGCCUUCUACAUCUAGCUACUUCCAUCCUCUCAGGCCAGGGCCACAAUGUAUGAAUUUAUUGUUGGAUCAGAAUCGCCGUUAUAAUCAUUGGCCAGUACGGAGAAUUAAGUAAAACCACAUGUCCAAAUCCAUGUCUCCAUCCAUGGCUAAUUUAGGAAAGGGCCAAUUUUAGCUAGUUAGCUAGCCACCGUAGGACAACACAAUGAGAUGCAACGAUUCAAGUUGUUUCUGUCAAUGACGUUUGGCUCUCAAUGUGAUGUGAUUGGAGUGAAGCCAAAUCCAAAUUGGCUUCCCUCAAAACGUAUUUUUGGUGCACCAGGACCAUUCACAGUUGAGCUCACUCAGUUUAGCUCAAUGCUGAUUGGCUAUUAUUUUAUACUUUUCUUUAUCAAGGGAGGCCAAAUGUUUGCUGGCUUCCCUUGCAUUCAAUGCUACGGGCAGCAACAAUGUCAUACUCUUUUUGACUAGAGAGCAUCAGAUAGAUGGCCUACACAUACAGAGACAGAGGGGCGCUGUUUCGCUCUCUCGGAUGCUUUCUCCGGUGAGAUACAUUUAACCUCUUGCGAAUUGAAGAAAAAUAAUGAAACACAGAGCGACGAAAUAUAAAUUAUUACAUUUGUGUUCUUUUUUUAUUGGUCCAUUUUGGGGGGAAGCUUCCCUUAGUAUCCAUGAAUACAUGCCACUGCAAAUUACCUAAUAUUUACGGUAACACAGCAGUCAACAAUCUAUAUUGCACCACUGAUCCUUCACUCAUUUGUGAUUGCCUGUGUUCAGGCAUUGUUGCACAAUUCAUAAAAUGUCAGUUGGAUUGAGUGUUGCUGAUAUAAGUUGAAAGACUCCAGGUUCUGACAGGGCAUGUGUUGCAUUGUGUUCCAGGCUAUCCUCGUUACACAGUGAUUGGGGACCACAGUACAGGGGAACACCACCUCCGGAUCCAACGUGUGGAGCUGAUGGAUGACGCUGUCUUUGAGUGCCAGGCAAUCCAGGCAGCCAUGAGGUCCCGCCCUGCCCGACUCACUGUGCUGGGUAAGUGA